AAAAUCAGCGACGGCAGGUGGAACAUCUGUAACAAAAUGUCAACAUGCCGAUUAAACUGAAUGUAUUUUACAAGUACCAUGUACAAAGUACUUUGUGUUGUGCAGUUCUGUUGACUUUGGUUAUUAUAUUUCAGUAUUUUCAGCCCAUGCCGGUCUGCUUUUAACAGUCCAUAAAAAGAAACCAUACAACCCACAAUGCAAAGCAGUGGGAUCUUGAUCCUCCAAAAUAUGACGAAAAUUAGGAUGUAUUGCAACUAAACCAUCCUGGAUUUAAUCUCCAUUAAAAGGAACUGACUUAAAAUAAACACGCUUGGACUUGGACACGCUUGGACCCAGAAUGAAAUAAAUAAAUGACGCAGGAUUACAAAGCAAACAUUGUUUAUGCUUGUAUCGUUACAGCAUGAUGUUUUUUAGUCAAAGUUGUCUAUUGCAUUGCAAAUUCGGGUCAGAGCGGCACUAAAGCCUGAAUGUGGAAAAGGCAAAUGGGAUAUUUUAAACAGGCGCUUUGCAUCAUGUUUCAGUGAAGUCAACACAGUGAUGGUGGUGAACCGAGUGGCGUGAACGGUAGAGGGAGGAGUCCCUAUGAGUGCAAAUAUUACUGCGACAUAUACGGAAAUGCUCUGACGUCCGCAAGUGACGGAUAAAGCAUCUAAAGCUGACUGGUAACACCUGAUCAAUGCCUUAUACAUUUAAUAGGGAAUAAUCCUACAUAAUAAAGAGUUAAUCGGGCUAAAAUGAGCAUGGCAUAAAUAUUUGCAUACAACUUCAAAUUUGAAUGCUUCAUUUUGUGUGUGAGCACUCAAGGCUUUCUGGUAAAUUUACAUAACAGCAUUACAUGCUCUGUGAUUGGUUGCUUUCUGCUCCUUCAGGUGUAGUAAAAACCCUUGACGGGCGGAGAGGAUCUCACAGAAGGGAAACCUUAACCACAACUCACUAUGCAGAAGAGGGCUCUCGGGGGUCUCGUUCUCUCGGCUCUCUUCGGGGUGGCCCUCUGUGGGUGGACCAUUUAUAUCCCAGACCCAAAGACGUGGUCAGAGGCCAGAGAAUUCUGCAGAGAGAACUACACGGAUCUGUCUUCUAUCGGCAACCAUCGGGAAGACACGAUCUUCCAGGUUCAUGUUUCCCAGGGUUCUCGGUUCUGGAUCGGCCUCCACCGAAACGACCGCGGUGAGUGGGAGUGGUCGGGAGGGGAGGACGCGUCCUUCUUUAACUGGGCACAAGGGGAAGAGGGACAAGACCACGGAUGCGUGGCCCACAGUGAUGCAGGCUGGCGCAACGACGACUGCAGCAAGAGGCGCCCCUUCUCCUGUUUCCACAACGGCCUGGUUUUGGUGAAGGAAAACAAGACGUGGGAGGAGGCCAUGGAACGGUGCCGCCAACAGCACAGAGACCUGGUCAGCGUGACCUCGGAGUCCGUCCUGCUCGAGACCCUGAGGACCAGCAGGUGGGCCCAGGCGGCGCGCGUGUGGACCGGCCUGCGCUUCCUGGCCGGCGGUUGGCUGUGGGUGAGCGGGGAGACGGUGAGCUACCAGGCCUGGAGCCCCGGGGAGACGCCGCAGUGCCCCGCUUGGAUCCGGCGCUGCGGGGCCCUCUCGCUGGAGGGACGCCGCUGGGAAAGCUGGGACUGUGCGGACACACUCAAUUUUGUUUGCAACAUCGAGUAGUUGAGUUUGUGCUGAUGAUGUUUAAUGCGUAAUUCACUGGAAAUAUUUACCAUUUGUUUGAAAGAAAAGCAAUAAAAAAACAGUAGUAAAAUGUU